CAUAUUUAACAGCUGUUGUGUCAGUGAAUUGUGGGUUCUCUUCCAUACUGUGGUCCCUGUUCUUUUCUGUUCAGGGUUUUUUUUUUCUUCUAGUCUGUUGCUUUCAUUAGGCCCUAAUGUGUGCUGUGUGUUUAUUUAGUAUUUCUAGUAUCAUGUUGUAUGUUGCUUCACUCAUAUGUCAACUCCUGGGUGUAUUGUAUGAUCUCUGUCUAAUGUUCUCUAAUUCUUUGCUCUCGUGUUUCAUUGUGGUUGUGUAUCCUAACUUCUUGCUCAUCAAUUUUUAUUCUUGCAGGACCGAUUAUUGCCUCAUACUCACUUCUGAAAAAACUUUAAGUUUAGCUGUUUGUUUUUUUUGUAAACGCCUUGUUCAACUCAACUUCCCCCUCUGCCUCUUUCAUCUUGACAAAAAAGAACAAAGCUGGUGCACAACACGAGGCUUGACAGAUGCAAAUUCGCGGCUUACCGCCCAUUCUCUACAGACUGACAUGCCUCCAAAGUCCAAGAACUUGAUAUCCAGGAUGAAACUGAAAACGAAGCCGUUCAUUUUUCUGCUGGCCAUAACCUUCACAGGAUUUCUCCUGACGUCUCACUGGCUGCAGCAAAGCUUGUGUGGCUGUUUUUCUAGAGACAUUCUGCCGUUCAUCCGUCGCGUUGAGCCUUUUCUGUCUGCGAACAACAGCAUCUCUGAAGACGCCUUCAUAUGGUGGACGCGCUUACAGGAUGAACGACGAGACUUUGAUUACUAUAAAGCGACAGUUAACAAGCUCUUUGAGAUAUUCCCGCCUAAUCCCACCUUUGGAAAAUGGAGCACAGGCAGAAUCAGAACGUGUGCCGUAGUGGGGAACUCUGUUAAUCUGAAAGGAUCAGGCUAUGGACGUCUGAUAGAUAUGAACGAUGCCAUCAUAAGAAUGAACUUUGCUCAAAUCCGAAGUUAUGAGGCUGAUGUCGGCACUAAAACAACUCAUCAUGUCAUGUAUCCAGAGAGUGCUGUGGAUUUAGAUAAUACCACCCAUCUUGUGCUGUUUCCCUUCAAAAUACAAGAUAUGGAAUGGCUCAUCAAGGCCCGCACAACGGGAUUCUACGGCAGAAAAUCGUACGCGCCAGUAAAACCCAAAAUACAAGCCAACAAUGACUUGGUGAAGGUGAUCAGCCCAGCCUUCAUGAGGUAUGUUCACGAAGUCUGGCUGCGCAAGAAAAUGGCCUAUCCAUCCACUGGCUUUAUGGUUCUGGUUGCUGCCCUUCACGUUUGCGAUCAGGUCAGUGUGUUUGGAUUCGGAGCAGACAGUGAUGGAAAUUGGAGCCAUUACUUUGAAGUACUGACAAACAAAAGAUUUAAAACGGGAGAGCAUCCAGGACAAGAAGAAUAUUCUGUUAUGCAGCUGCUAGCUGACCAAAACUCAAUCAAAUUCUACAAAGGAAAGAGCAAUAAGCCCAACUGACGUCAUCCUGGGUUUUGCCGGGUCCCAGAGUGGAACAUUCAAUUAAAACCAGCAGAAAUGGGUUCAAUCUGACCAAAUAUCGUUUACAAUUCUUCUUGAGGUGAACAGUAAAACUCUUAUCCUUUACAUGAUCAUGAUGUGGUUGUAUUUUCCUGGAGCAGUGCACAAGAGAGAUAUCUUAUUGUAUUUAUUUUCUAAGUAAUUUAUUCUGUUUGUUUUUAAGCACGUGAGCUUAGAAACAAACAGCAGUAUCAUGACCUUGAUCUGGUUUUUGCUGUCAGUUUAUUUUGAAGUAAAAGUGGAUUUCAUUUUGUCAUUACUUUUGUUUCCUUAUCUGUUUUCAGUUAUUAAAUUUCUUUUGAAUUGUGCGUAAUUGUAUUAUAGAUAAAUGCUUCUAAGCUAUCAUGAGCCACCACAGUUUGUGCUUUUGUUCUCAAUCUCAGAACUAAAGUUUCUUUGUUUCUUGCUAUAUCUGUUCCUUCAGGGGUUUUUUUGGGGGUUUUUUAAAUUCAUUACAAAUCUGCCAACAUCCUAUUUGUAUUUGUGUCUUCAUCACCAACAAACCAUAAAUAGUAAAUGGACUGAAUUUUUACUCACUUUUUCACACCUUUACUUUAGAGCCACACAAACAUUCAUGCCCUUAAAACACAGAUGGCCUGACAGAUUGUGGUUUGGUGGCUUGCUAACUACCACACAUGUCAGGAACCUGGAGUCAAACCCACAACUGAAAAAUCUGUUAUUACACUUUUCACUGAGUUACAAAGCCUGUGUGGAAAUAUUUCCAUAAAAGAAUGUCUAAUAACCUGUUUUUAGUGACGGCCUCAUGUCUUGUCUCUAAGGAAUCUUCCCUUAGGUCCAUCACAGGUUUAUCAACUCAUCAUAGCCGUCAUCCAGGUUUAAAGAAGCUGUUUGUGAAACACACCAACUAUGGAAGUUGUUAAGAAAAUAAACAAGUCUUUCCUAAGGUGAAACACAGAGUCAAUCAAAAACGAAUCGAAAUGCGUUUUUAUUAUUAUUUUAUUAAGAAGUAAAACAAAGAAUAUGAGCAGUGACUCUCCUGGCGAAUCCAGAAUGAAGAAAAGAUAAAAGUACAUCGUUUUAAUGUCCACCAGCCCCAACCAGGUCAACCACUAGCUCCCUCCAACAUGAAAGGUGCUUUAUAGCUAAAAUUGAUUGCUUUAUUGAUUGAUUGAAAUAAAACAAGUUGGACAUAACGAAGUCAAAGCAAAUGAUUUGCUUAAAGGGGAGUUAUGAUUCAAAAUUCACUUUAUACACGUUUGUUUUAAGGCCCACCUCUAAAAUAAGACGACACAUCUCAUGGGGUCGUCCUUGACUCAAACAAAUUGAAGUUAUCUUGGCUCGUCGACCAAAGUGGAAAUAUAGAAAAUAAAAUGUAAUUUGUACUUUUAUUUAUAAUAAUAAUAAAUAAUAGAUUUUAUUUAUAAUGCCCUUUAUGUCUUGACAAAAAAAAAAAACAUAACAUUAACAGGCAAUUAUAAUGAAUGAAAAUAACUACAUAAAUUAAGAAAGAAGGGAUUAAAAGAAAAUAUCUAAAAAUGUGAACAAAACGUUUUGCUGCAAAAAAAAAAAAAAAAAAAAGAUUUGACCAUUUGGGUCUUAAUUGUUUCUGAAGCAACCCGAACACUUAAACAACAAAUAACAGCUAACUGCUUUUUUAUUUUUUUGGAGGGGGGGAUACAUUAAUAUGUUUUGGUAUCUGGAAAAUGAGUCGUUACAAAAAUGUCCUGACUGCUGAGUCACACUUCACGGUUUCCCAGCAAACCCUGCCGAGUUCCAGCAUGUUUGGUCAGCCGUACAAUGGCUGGAAAAUAAAAGUGUUUUAUUGUGGACUUACAGUCCAGAAACCACUUGCUGUAUUCUUGUUGGCUGUGCAGGAGGCUCCACUUCUGUUCGCAGCCAUUCUCACAUGUGAGCGUUGAAUUGGAGGAGCGUUGCCAACAGCAACUUAUUUGGAUUUAAAGUGACAGGAGGUCCUAGAGCAACUCAAAAUAGACAGGACUGAGCAGACUAUGAUCUCAUUAUUUAAGAAUAAUUUUGUGCAAAAAAAAAACAUGUACUGAACAGGUUUUGUGCAGCCCAUAGACUUAUGCUCACCUGUUCAAGGAAGCACCUAUUGGUCACCUUUCAAACCAUGCCACUCUAGGAACAGUUAAUGUGUUCAUCGCAUGUCGACAUUCUGGUCUAGCAAAGAACAAAAGGAUACGACAUUGUAAAUCACAGCCAUGUAUCUGACUGUACCAGUUAUGCUGCUUGGAGGUGUUCUAAAGCCGAGUCUUAUGCUAACAAGUCAAAACCGGAUAUUCAAGCUUAGCUAAAAGAUAGCGGGCGGAAAAAAAUCAAAGCGGAGAUAAGCUGAUAGAAGAGAACUGAUUGUAUUCUUAUUUUUAAAGUCAUUGAGGGGCAAGAUGGAGGAAAGUAUCAGGUCUGUCACGGCUGAAAGAAGCAUUUUCUCAUCCAAACCGUGACAGCUAAAUGACCUUUAACCCCUUUAAGGUUAGCAUUCCAGACCUGUAACCUGUGUCUUUGGGACAUCAUAAACUAUAGUCUCUUCAUCGUUUUUCCUUACUUUGCCACUGCUAUGUAAUGUUUUAUUUAUUUAUUAUUUUGCUUGUUUAUUUUCCUCCUGAUCAUGUGAAGCACUUUGAAUUACCUUGUUGCUGAAAAUGUGAUAUGCUGAUUAAAUUUCAUUGCCUUUUGUCAUGUUUAAAGUCAGAAAGGAACAAAAUUCAGGACAAAAAAAACAAACUUGUGCUGCUCAUAGAACAUGGUGCAGCCACGUUUCAAGGAUGUGAAACUAACUUGGAGGUUAGUUUUAUCUUUUUUUUUUCCCAAGUUGUUCACUAAAAAUAAUUCCACCAGAAACAAGUAAAUAUAUAUAUUCCCUGUGUUAUUCCAGUGUGGCCUUAUUUAGCUCCUGCCUCACUGUCUGUGUGAAUAACUUAA